UCGUCCUCCUCCGGUGUGUGUGGACUCACUCAUCAGUUCUGCAGAAACACAGAAUGCCUGGGAAAAUAAAUUCUGACUACAUGCUGACGCUGAACAACGAGAAUAUGAAAGCUGACUUGGAAGCGCCUCUGCCCGCUGCACACGACGAUUUUGCGAUCCGAUGUCGAGAUGUGUGCCGGUCUUACGGAAAGCUGAAGGUCCUCAGUAGCCUGAACCUGACCGUACCGCAGGGACACAUUUAUGGCCUUUUGGGGCCCAGUGGAUGUGGAAAGACAACUCUUCUAAAAUGCAUCGUGGGAACGCUGAAGAUCUCACGAGGCCACAUCACUGUGUUGGGGAAGCCACCUGCAUUUCCUGGUCACGAAGUACCAGGGAAAAUGGUUGGAUACAUGCCACAGGAGCUAGCACUGUACAACGAGUUCACCAUCAGCGACACCUUGACUUUUUUCGGUCGAAUCCACGGCCUGACAUCGAAGGAAACCCAAGCGCGCAUGGACUUCCUGAUUGAUUUCCUUCAUCUACCUCAAAAGCAGAGCCUGGUCCGAAAUCUCAGUGGAGGACAGCGGAGGAGAGUGUCUCUCGGAGCUGCUUUGCUGCAGAAUCCAGAGCUGCUCAUCCUGGACGAACCGACGGUCGGAGUGGACCCUGUGCUCAGGUCCAAGAUCUGGCAGCACCUGGUGGAGAUUGUGAAGACGGGAAAAGUCUCCGUCAUCAUCACCACUCACUAUAUAGAAGAGGCCAGGCAAGCCCAUGUGGUUGGUCUGAUGCGAAACGGCCAUUUACUGGCUGAAGGACCUCCUGAUGCAGUCAUGAAGCAGCACAGUGCAACAACCCUGGAGCAUGCCUUCCUGCAGCUGUGUCAGUCAUCAGACCAGAACGUUGUUAAACGAGGAUCCAGUCCUCAGGGUGGACCCCUGGAGAAAAGCCAAUCAUUCGAGAGUGGGCGGGACGAGAGUCAACCCAUUCUUGCAAUCGAACCACCACCCGCAGAAGAACUUCCUAAAUGUUCAGCGAACUGGAAGGCACGAGCCAGACAUGUGCUGCCGAGAGGGAGAAACAUCGCUGCUCUGAUCAUUAAGACCAUGGUGCGGAUGAAGAGAAUGCCGGGCUCGUUGUGUUUUCAGUUCCUGCUGCCCGUCAUCCAGAUUUCUCUGAUCUGCUUGUGCGUGGGAGGAGAGCCGAAGGGGAUCCAGGUGGCUGUGGUGAACAAUGACACUUCCACCUCCUCUUUCAGCAGCUCCAUGCUGUCCUUCCUGGACAACUCCAGCAUCUAUCAGGUCCCAUUGUCUCAUCACGAGGCUUUUGAGGGAGUCUAUAAUGGAAAGUACUGGGGCGUCAUUGGCUUUGGAAAGAACUUCACCAGUUUUCUGACCAAACGGAUUCUGCAGCGGCAGGUUUCAAAGGAGGUGAUCGAAGGAGGAUCAGUUCACGUCUGGCUGGACCAGACAAAUCGACAAAUUGGUCUGAUGCUACAGAAGCAAAUUCACCAGGCUUUUGAGGCUUUUGUGGAUCAUAAAAUGGGCAGCAUGUCAUACAUGGCCGAUCUGCCAAUAAAGUUUGAAGAGCCAAUCUAUGGAAGUAUGAACACAGACUUCACCACCUUUGUGACACCAGGAGCUGUGCUCAGCAUCUCCUUUUACCUGGCUGUUGGUCUGACGGCACUCUCCUUUGUCCUGGAGAGGAAGGAGGGGCUUCUGGACCGGUGCUGGGUCGCAGGUGUGAGCUCCAUGGAGACUAUGCUGGCUCACCUCUUCUCUCAGCUGCUUGUCAUCAGCGUUCAAAUCGUCCUGAUGCUGCUCUUCAUCCUUCUCGUCUUUAAGGGGAGACGGAUAGAGUCUGAGCACAGCAAGGAGUUCACCAGGACAAACAUUCCUGCACAGUUAGAGACUUUAUCACCUUGA